GAUGGCCAAGCCAGGAGGCUAUAAAAGGAACGCAGGGAGUCAAGUGUUUAAGUAAUGAGCCACGAUCCACCAAAGCAGACUGACUUUAUACCACCAGGACAAAACUUUUAUACUGUCAGACUGAGGAGACGUGACCGCCACUGGGUCAUCAAAGACAACAUGAGAAAUCUCGACUGUAAAAUCGUGCUUCUAUCACUUUGUAUUUUACACAUCUCCACCCUCAGUGAAGGGCGCCCCCUGAGAAAAAGGGCUGUGAGUGAGGCCCAACUCAUGCAUAACCAUGGAGAGUACAAGCAGCUGCAGGAACGUAAGGACUGGCUUCAGAUGAGGCUGCAGGCCAUCCUACCCACUCUGGACAGGGACAGUGAGGAGAAGGUCCAGCCAAAGAGGAGAAGACUGCACCUCGAAAACCUGCACGACCUGCACUACCUGCACAAGCUGACGGAGGAGGAGAUCAAGCAUGCAAUAACCAUCUUGGAGAAGCUACUUGAGUCCAAACAGUCCUGAUUUUAUUUAAUCUUAGGCUAUUUUUUAUUUGACUUUCUCA